AUGGGAAGUGGAUACAGGUACAAUCAGUCCACAGGUGGAUUUACCACCUUCCAGGCAGGACAGAAGACAACCAAGUGGUCAGUACUUCAGAUGAUGCCGUGCACUGUGUCCCAACUGCUGUCUGCCACGGCUGUCGGGGAAGUCUUCAGCGUUGGUGACAUUGAGGUCAACCAGGUAUCUGUGGUGGGUAUCGUCAGGAGAACGGUUCCCUCAGUAAACAAUGUCUUGUACUCCGUGGACGACAUGACUGGACCACCAUUAGGUGUGAAGCUCUGGGUGGACACUGCAGAUCCUGGUGUGGACAGUACUUUUGUGUCUCCAGGGACUUAUGUCAAGGUCUCUGGAAGCCUGCGUAUCAUUCAGGGACAAAGAUCAUUGGUGGCUUUCAACCUCUAUUGCCUUGAGGACCUGAAUGAGAUCACCUCUCACAUGCUGGAGGUAGUGCAGGCCCACAUGCAUCACAACAGGAACCUUUGUGGUGGUGGUAAUCCUGGAGAUGGAGACGCAUCAACCUACGGGCUGAGUGCCAGUCAGAGCCAGGUGUUGAACCUGAUCAGGAGUUGCUCAGACUCCAAGCCCAGGGGCAUCAGUCGAGAGGAGCUAGACAUUAAGCUGGGGUACCUCAGCAUGACUGCCAUCAGCCAGACCUUGGAGUUUCUUAUCAGAGAAGGCCACAUCUUCUCCACCAUCGACGACAAGCAUUUCAGGUCCACUUCUGGCUAGGCCCCCAAACUCAACUCUGGACCUUGAAGCCAGUCCACUGCAUGUUUUCAUUGUUCCCCUCUAAUCAGUUACUGAUUAGGUGUGAGUGCAUUAUCAGGUAGAACAGAACCAGCAGGUUGCGGACCUCAUAGGGUAAGAGUUGUUACCCCUGGGCUAGAGAAUGUCUUCUGUUGUUUAAGGUCAACUUACA